AGUGUAAAAAAUAAAGAUUUUCCGGAAGCUGUGAGAGGGAGCGUUUUGGAGGCACCUUGGACCAGAGAGCAUAAAGACACGACGCUCCUCUCUGCGCCACCCAGUGCUGCAGGAGAAUCCUUUCAUACAGGUGACCCCACAAGUUGCCGAGAAGAGAGACGCAAAGAUGGCUAACGUUCAGGCGCAAAUGCUUAAACUGUUCGAGCGGCCGUACGACCCUAUGAACUUGCGGCGAAGUGAUGUUCCCACAGGAUCAGCAGGCACCGUGGGGACCAGGUUCGGUGGUGCGACGGUCCCAUCACUUUCAGAUGCUGAUAAGAACCAACUGGGAAAGGCUCUCUCCGUCCCUCGCGGCAGCGUGUUCUCCUUCUUCAUACGGUCCCAUCGCGAGGCCGCCAAGGACCUCUGUGCUUUCCUGAUGAAAAGUACAAACGCCAGUGAACUGAUGCAGUCGGCGGCCAAAGUGAGGGAAGAGGUCAAUCAGUCUCUCUACAAUUACGCCCUCUCCUUCACCAUACUUCACAAGCAGGAUUUGCGAAAUGUUCGCCUGCCGGCAGUCGUGGAGGUCUUCCCUCACAAAUUCAUACCACAGGAAGAACUGACAAAAAUGCAGAUUGAAGUGAAUCGGACUCCAUCUACUGCGACAACACCGCUGGUGAUUGAACACGGACCAGACUUUGCCAACACCACCGUGAAGCCAGAGCACCGAGUGUCAUACUGGAGGGAGGACUACGGCAUCAACUCCCACCACUGGCACUGGCAUCUUGUUUACCCCGCUGGCAUGAAUGUCAACCGGGACCGUAAAGGAGAACUUUUCUAUUAUAUGCAUCAGCAGAUUGUUGCCAGGUACGACAUGGAGCGGCUCAGCGUUAACCUCAAACGUGUGGAGAAGCUGGAGAACUGGCGCGAGCCCAUCCCAGAUGGUUACUUCUCCAAGCUUACUGUUAACAACUCCGGUCGGCCCUGGGGCAUCCGUCAGGACGGUACCUUCCUGAAGGAUUUGAGACGUAACGAUGCCGGGAUUGAUUUUUUGGACAUUAGUGAUAUGGAGCUCUGGCGGUCCCGACUGAUGGACGCCAUCCACCAAGGAUAUAUGCUAAAUCCGAAUGGUGAGCGCAUCCAACUCUCUGAUAACGUCACGACAGGAAAGCGAGGGAUUGACAUCUUAGGAGACGCAUUUGAGGCAGAUGAUAGGCUGAGCCCACAUUACCUCUUCUAUGGCGACCUUCACAACAUGGGCCACGUGAUGCUGUCAUUCUGUCAUGACUUCGACAACGCACAUAGGGAGGAGAUGGGAAUAAUGGGAGACUCGGCGACUGCCUUGAGAGACCCAGUCUUCUACCGCUGGCACAAGUUUGUGGACGACGUCUUCCAGGAGUACAAGCUGACGCAGCCGCCCUACACCAUGGAGGACCUGACUCUGCCGGGCGUGGUGAUUGACAAGGUGGGUGUUGUGAGGCAGAACCAGCUCAACAAACUCACAACUGGCUGGAACGUGCGUGAGUUUGAGGCUUCCAGAGGGUUGGACUUCAACUCUCCUGUCGCCGUACAGCUGCGCAUCACCCAUCUCGACCAUGCUCCCUUCGAUUAUCAUCUCCAGAUAACAAACAACACAGGAAAGCAAAAGUCAGUGACAGUGAGGAUCUUCAUGGCUCCUAAACACAACGAGCGUGGCCUGGAGAUGGGCUUCAUGGAGCAGCGGCUCCUCUGGGCUGAGAUGGACAAGUUCACUGAGAUUUUGAAGCCUGGGAAGAACCAGAUUGUGCGUCCUUCCAGCGAAUCUUCCAUCACCACCUCCAGCGAGUUCACCUUCAGGAGCCUGGAGGCUGUCAACCCCGCUAUGCCAGGAGCACCACAAAAUACUGAAGCCAACUUCUGUGGGUGUGGGUGGCCUGACCACCUGCUGCUGCCCCGAAGUAAACCAGAGGGCAUGACUUACCAGCUCUUCUUCAUGCUCACCGACCUGGACAAGGAUAAGGUGGAUCAGCCAGCAGUACGCAGAUGUGCCGACGCUGUGUCCUUCUGCGGGAUCCUGGACGCCAAGUUCCCUGACAAACGUCCUAUGGGCUUUCCCUUCGACCGCCGCCCUCCGCCUAGCCUGCAAGAUGCUGUGGUCACCUCCGCUGCUGACUACGCUAGACUGGGCAACAUAACUAUUCAAGAUAUUACCAUCACUUUCCUCAACAACAACCUUCAGAAGUAGGCAGCAUGAUACUCAUAUCUAAUCAUGGGUAAUAUUGGCUUUAAACGCAAGUAAAACAUAACAAAGUUGGUGCUCUCCAUAUAUAAAUGUCAAUGUUUUCCUUAAUAUUAAACCAGUUCAUUGUUAUGUAUGUAUGAAAAAUAUUACUUGAGUGAGGUUUUUUACCUCUGGUAACAUUUUUUAUGCAAUUUAUUGAAUGCGGUAUAUGUUCAUGAAAAGUAUAAGCAUUUUAGUAUGUAUCUUUCUAUCUGUAUCUGACAUCCAACCCAUAAAUCUGAAAAAUAAGAAUUGAGGACGUAUAGGUCUGUCCUGGACCAUUAAAAAGUCGUGUAAGGAGUUAAAUGUGACAUCAUCUGCAUAUCAGUUUCUGAUCCUGCAUUCUAUAUAUAUUUAUAUAUUAUAUUAUAUAUAUAUUAUAUUAUAUAUAUUUAUACACAUACUGGUUCUUGUAUUUUGGCAUAUAUUUUUCUUGUUUUAUCUGUGGGUUCAUUCAUGGAACUAUUUUUCGUUGUCUUCUUCGAACAUUUCAUCUGUCUUCAGGUGCUAAAGAAAUAUAAAGUAAUGCUUUGAUAUAUUAGCAAACAACGCCCCGUGAUGGUUAGCUUGGUAGUAAAUGGUUAGUCUUAGUGAAACUUGGUAUUUUGGGUUACUGGCGCCAAGAAGUUAUAAAUCAAUGAUAUUGACUUUGUCAAGUUUAAUUAUUUUGUAUGCACUAUUCUUGCGAGGGUCAGUUGCCAACAUUAUUAUUACCAUGGUUGAAUAUCUUAGCCAUUGUUCUAAUACUUAACGCAAGCCUGGGGCUCUUCUUCAGUUCUAUAUGUCUCGUAUGUUGUCUCCCAGCAAUCUCGCCUAAACGUUCUAUAUUUGCGCCCAAUCAUUUCUGUCCUGCCCGGGAAUCGAACUUUGGAUCCCAGAUUGUGAAUAUAGAACGAAGCCGAGUCAUAUGUUAAAAAUUAUUUUACGUAACUUAUACUUUUUAAGAUAUUUUUUGAGCAUAUAUAUAACUAUUUUAUUUUGUCUUAAAUACUGUAUUAUAAUAGGGUACCACCUCUGGUGCAAUUGUAGGGACCCAUAGUCUCGGAGAAGGUAAUACAGAGCAUUCAGAAAAACGUUUA